GGGGCGGUGCACCUCCAGCAGACCCCUCCCACUCCCAAACCCCCCUCGCACGCUGUGACCAGCAGACAGACAGGCAGACAGGCAGGCAGCCUCCACUACAACCAGUACUACUCACCGCAGUUCCAGCAGCAGCUCAUGCCUCAGCCUGCUCCGGGAUAGACAGCCGUCCGUCUGUGCACAACCAGCCUGAAGCGUCCUGGUGAAAGAUGCUGGAAAACGAGAGGAAGGUGUUGAAGGAGGGUCUGCUGGAGAAGCGGAGCGACGGGCUGCUGCAGCUCUGGAAGAAGAAGCACUGCGUCCUGACCGAGGACGGCGUGCUGCUGCUGCCGCCCAAACAGCACGACCAGCCGCAGCACCACCAGCCGCACCACGGCGGCGGGGACGCGGGCAAAGUCAAGGAGCUGCACUUUGCAAACAUGAAGACGGUGGACUGCGUGGAGCGGAAGAGCAAAUACGUCUACUUCACGGUGGUCAUGAUGGAGGGCAAGGAGAUCGACUUCAGGUGCCCGCAGGACGAGGGCUGGAACGCGGAGAUCACCUUGCAGAUGGUCCAGUACAAGAACCGGCAGGCGAUCCUGGCCGUCAAGUCCACCCGCCAGAAGCAGCAGCUGCUCGUGGUGCAGAUGCCCGGACAGAAGACGGUCCGCAGCUCGCCAAACGUUGCGUGACCUGCGACGAGUCCCGCGGACAUUGGUGCACCUUUAGCGGUAAAACGGCUGCAGAGAAAGCGAGAUUGAAGGGUCCCCAGGUACGGGGCCACCUGGGGAUCCCCUUGCUGAACACGGACCCGUGUUUCUGUUUUAUUCCCUGGAUAUUUGUGCAAUGACUGAAGACGUCUGUUUGCACCAUAGGUUACACUCUUCCCUCACAGAGAAUAUUCUGAAAUCGUACAAAAUGUGGAUUUACUAUGUCGUAAAGAAAAGUUUGAGAGCCUCUGCUGCAGGCCUGCCCAUAUGUCCCCCUCGUGGAGGUGAAAUCCUCCGCAGGAAAAUGUUCUGGAUAUCCAUUCUCAGGCAGGUUUGAUAUUUCCAUACACGGAGGGCAUCUCCUCAUCCUUCCAUGUCUUUACGCGUGGAGAUCAAGAGAUGUCGCGUAAUUACUUUACAUCAAAACUGGAAACAUGAAUAUUUGUUUAUAUAAUCCAUCUAAAAUGAGAUUUAGUGAAUCAAUAUCGGAACAUGUUUAAGUCCACUGUGUUGAAAACUAGUAACAUUUGACUCUAAAUUACGCGUUAAAACGCACGGAUUGCGCACAAAGUUCAAAGCAGCUGAAUCCCCGAUGUUUUCACUUUAUGCACAUACAGUGGCUCUGACACUCCAACCUGGUGUGUGUGGCAGCUCAGACUGGUCAGUGAAAUAAACUUCUUUGUGUCUCUGGACUACAUUUCCAUGCACGUGGCUCUCUGUCACACGGUUAAUUGGACACUCAGCUGGAGGAUGAAUAUUGACUGGGGCUGCAUCCUCCUCCCCCCCCCCUGCAGCUUUACCACAGACCUCCCUUCUCCAGGAGAACCCCUCCUCCACGUGUCCUCAUUAAACCAGCGUCCCCUUUUCAACAGAGACUUAUUUCACAAAAGACUGAUGGACAAAAAGCAUGUGAGAAAACCAGUGUUCUCUACUGUUCGAUGGGUUUAUCCCUUAUUUAUUAGAUGUAUAUAUAUUUUCUAUAAAAAAUGUUAUGUUGUUGA